GUUAACGUUACAUAGAGAACACAUACACAUAUCCGCUGCGACAUCUGGAUUCCCCUAAAGCUUUUAUAUCACAGCUUCUGCCGUCCAUGUAUCUUCAAUUGCAUCCUCACAACCUCAACUUCUCAUACUCAACACACUGAACUCAACUCCACCACCCACAAUGGCCACUGUAGUCGAAACCCCCACCGCCCCACCCACCACAAACAACGGGCACACAGCCAACAUGACCGCCAAACACCCUAACCCCUACCAAGAAGCCCUCAAAUCCCUCGAACGCGACGGCUUCGUCGUCCUCCCAGCGUCCCUCUUCCCCUCCUUCGACCUCGACACCCUGCGCUCCGCCGCCGCUCGUCUCACAGCUGCCGCGCGCGCCGGCAACUGGCCCUACAUCCGCACCUUACCCAAGCAAUUCCCGCCCUGGACCUCCGACGCUAGUAACGGCAUCUGGGGCGUUCAGCACCUCUUGCACCCCUCAAACCCCGAUCACCUCAUCUUCGCGAGAAGCUACUUCGACGCCGAGCUCCUCGAAUAUGUGCGCGUGUUAAUCGGCUGCGAGGAAGAUGAAUUGACAAUGGAGUUGUAUAACAUGCUAGUGAGACCUGAGCGUGCGUUCUCCCUCCGUUGGCACCGCGACGAUAUACCGGCCACUGCUACAUCUGAGGAAGAAAUGGACAGGCUGAGGAAACCGGGGUGGCAUGCACAGUGGAAUCUCCCACUAUACGACGAUGCGAGUUUGAUUGUAAUCCCUGGAUCGCACAAACGCGCGCGUACAGAAAUUGAACGGAAUGCGGAUCCUUAUGCACCCGAAUUACCAGGGCAACUUGUAGUGAAGUUGAAAGCAGGAGAGGUGGUGUUUUAUAAUAAUAAUAUCCUGCAUCGGGGGGUUUAUGAUCCGACCAAGGAGCGCAUGACUUUGCAUGGGAGUAUUGGGAGCAGUAAGGGGAGUGCCGAACGUGCGAGGAACGUCUUGCAGCAUGGUGUGGGGGAGUGGGUGGAGGGGUAUGAUUUUAAGGAUUUUGAGCCUGAGGUUGCGGAACGUGCGAUUCAAAUGAGGACGAGGUUGGUGGAGAUGGGGGUGGGACGUGGGGAUGUCGGGUUUUAUUCUAAGGAUGAGUAG